GUCCUUCUGACGCGGACAGGGCUGCCUUUACCCGGGCUGCGAAAUUAGGCAUGCCAUCCGUGGUGGAAGCUUAUUUGCAAUAUCCACUUGAUCCGGAUGCGCAGGAUCUGGCCCUCAUAUCAGUUGUCUACGAAGAAACCGCAUGUCUGGAUGUUUUGCGCCUGCUUUUCGAAGCAACGGCCACCCUGGAGUGCAGGGACGACACUGGCGCUACUCCACUUCUUUUGACAAGUGAGGAUGGCAACUUGGAAGCAACGCGCUUGCUCAUCGAGGCUAAGGCAGACUUGCAAGCUUUGGACGAC